GCACUUGGCCAGUCAUCAUUGAUACGGACGAGGAGCAGCACCAUCGCGCGAUGGUAGCCCAAAACGUGGCCUAUGGCUACUUACUGGCGUAUGUGGCGACAUUGCUGUGCUGGCCGGGAGAUGCCUAUCCAGCCAGUGCCAGCUACCGGGAUCUGGAUAUUUGCAAUCACUGGGAUGGCAGGCGGCACUUCCUCGAGCUGGGGAGCCCUGCAGGAGAACUGCAUGCUCGCAAUGUGACCAAUACGGCGUAUAGAAGCGCUCCGCUGGGAUUCAAGAGCGAUGCCGUAGCUGGGGACGUGUGGUACCAGUGCAACCUGGAGCUGGUCACCUGCGCCGAGUGCGUCAUCCGAGUGACCUUCACCUAUGCCAACUUCUCGAAGAGCUGCGGCAAUACGGGCGGAAAGUCGAGCAUGUGUCCCUGUGAGCACAUCCAGUUCUCGGAGCCACCCUACGAUUCAACCAUCUCUGGGCAGGAGUUCUGUGGCGAUGGCAAGGUAUUCCGGAGCAAGACACGGACGUUGCAGCUCAAGUUCUUCUACAGAGCCACCAAUGCCCAUGUCUUUUCCCUGCAAUACUUCUCCGAACGCAACGUGAGGAUUGUGAGUGGUUCGCCCAAGCAGUCGAUCGUGGGCAAUGGGAAUCCCAAGUACCAGCCGCAGGUCAUAUCCACACCAUACUUCCCCAUGCCGUAUCCCAGGGACUAUGGGAUCGAGCACAUCCUCACCUGCGAGGCGGACAACUGCCAGGUGCGCCUGGACUUUACCGACUUUCAGCUUGGCCUCUCCUCCACCCUCGAGAUAUUCGACUCCAAUGGCCAGAUGCUGGACUCAUACACGGGCGAGCACUUUCGGCCACCCAUCACAAUCAGCAGUGGCAAGUCCUUGCUGCUGCAGUUCCGGGGUAAUGCUGCCACAGGCGUUGGCUUCCGCGCCGAGGUAAGCUUCGUCUCAUCAAAGCAGAUCAAGGAGGAGCGCCUAGUGCCCUACACAGAUUGUGGUGGCAUGGUCACGGGACCUGGUGGGGCCAUCACCAUGAUGAACAUGAUCGAGAAUGCCACAGAUGUGCGCCUCUUCGAUUGCAUUUGGAUCAUCAAGCCCGGCAACAAUUACAUGAUGAUGAAGACCCACAUCUCACUGCGGGUGGACGACUUCUAUGGAAUGGCAGCGCGUUCAGAGCUCACUAUACGCCAGGGGACCACCUCCGACGGCGUAGAGAUUGAGAAUGUGAUGUGGCCGAACAACGGGCUGAGCAAGGAGAACCACAUAGCCCCCAUCCUCACUGGGUACUACAUACGCCUACGAGGGGUCUUCGGGAUGCCCUCCAAGCUGGCCAUUGUCUACAGCGUUUUCAACUAUUUGAAUUGCUAUAUCGGCUCCGAGUUUCUGUGCGGGAAUAACCACUGCAUCUCCAUUCGGCUGCACUGCGACGGAUUCGAUCACUGCGGCGAUGGAACCGAUGAGCCGGAGACCUGCGAGGAGGACUGGGCCCAUCUGCACCACGAUCGUCGCUGGUACUCCCACAAGCCCAACUACUACUUUCCGAAGAUGGACCAGUAUCCGGAUCUGAAGACAGCCACGGGCAUCUUCAUCAUCAGCACAUUGGGGAUCUUUGGCGUCCUAUCUGGCUGGAUGGUGAUCCUGUACAGGAUGGGCGUAAGGGCGCGGCACCAGCGGGAGCUCCAGAGUCACUUGCAGACCAUAAGCGAGCUCCUGGAUCGCCAGGACGAGGAUCGUACGCCCGACGAGCCACCCAGCUACGAAGCCCCGCCCGAUUACGAGGAGGUAAUAAAAAUAGGGAUGCAACAGGAGCUGCGCGAGCCGCGGCGCCAGCGUCGUCCCCGUCGCCAGCACCGGGACCGAAGCUGCAAUCGGGCUCCCAGUAACUGCACAAUGCAGUCCGUGCUACCGUUGCAACGUAGCUGCAGCCUGGACAGGGAUCAGGAUCAGCCCAGCACUUCUGCGGCGGCCAUGACCCAUGCCGUGGCCGCCACGGAUACCACGCAGGAUGCAGAGCAGAGCCAGCAGAUGGCCCAGAGGGUGCUUUUGGCCACGGCAAUUUGUGGCUCUGCAGGCGCGUCUGGCCCGGCAGCCGCAGCGGACCCACGCCCAACCACGCACCAAUCCGUGGGGAUUUCAACGGGCCCGCCACCGCUAUCCGAUGGGCGUGAACUACCCUCAGCCGCUGGGGGAGCGGAGGCGCAGCCAACGACGCCCAACAGUGCGGCGGACGACGGCACCGACGGCGCCUUCCGAGACGGAGAUGACUCUCUCAACAUAUCACUCACUCUAGGCCUGCCCUCCACCACGCUCGGCAGUCCACUCACCUCCGCCCAGAAUCCAAAUCAGUAUCAGAACCAGGAACAGACCCAGGCGAGCAACUGCACCGAGCACACGUAUCUGAAGCGCUCCUGGCUGCUGGUGCAUCAGACGCCGCAUGGACCGAGCUAUCGCGUGCAACGACUGCGGCACACCUUCUCCACGCCCGAGGCGUUCACGGCUGCCCACGAGCUGCAUCUGCCGUACCCGGACUUUCUCAGCUACGGCACCAAUAUGCCGCACGAACGCAGCAGCAGCAACUUUGGCUCCGAGCUCUCCCGCGAUCCCUCCAGCUACAGCAUCGGGAAACGGGCCCGCCUUGGAGCAGCAGGAGAUCAGAGUGAAUCUCAUACGGUGACGCCGGAUGUGGAUGGCUCCAAUCAAACGCUGCAGUCCCCCAUGACGGAGCAAACGAUGCCCCCCACUCAGAGCGAGAGCGAGAGUGAGGCAGAGCAGCAUGUGUCCUGCUUUGGAACCGUCUCCCAGCGGCCCAAGCGACGACGUGGCCAUGUGAGAAGUCGAUCUUUUAGCAAUGCACGUGGUGCCGGCAGACGCCGCCUCAUUCAGCGCAGUUCGUCGGCCGAUCUCCUGAUGAACUAUGCGGCCAUGGCGGUGUCCACUCCUCAGAAGCGAAGCGAAGGAAUACAGCGUUUGUUCUUCAUAUAAAAAGAUGAUGAUGGGAAUGGGUUAGCGAAAUGGAACGAUAGUAUUAUGUCCCUGGUGUGAUUCAGGGUGGGAUCUGGUGGGAAUGAUGAUAUGUGUAUAUGUAUAUGUACUUUUAGUGGUCCAAAUCCACGUGUGAGUAAAGGAUUACACAGAAAGUUAGCAUUUUA